AAGUACCCACUGCUUCCCCAGACCCGCGAACCAAUCUGGCAAAGCCUGUACGGGACAGAAGCGUACAGAAAUGCCAAGCUAUCCUUUUUCUGUGCACGCUGCAAGUCCCCACCAAUCCCCAGCAGUCAUGUCUACCCUGGUCCCACCCCAGCUGUCGCCCGCUCCUUUUCCUAUGUGCUUGCGGAAGUUCGUGUAAAGGACUGGCCCACUUCCUCUUUGGUGUUCGGCGUGUGCGUGGCAGGAGAGGCGGAGCCACUUCGGAGCUUUCUCGCGCUCCGGGCGGCUGUGAGUACAGGCGGCGACCGCUGGCGCAAACCAUCCUGCCUGGGAACGGGCUUUGUGGCUGCAAACGACUGGACUGCUGCGGGCUUUGAGCACCUGGCAGGAGAUAUGCCUCGGGGACGGAAGAGUCGGCGCCGCCGGAAUGCAAAGGCCGCAGAAGAGAACAGAAACAAUCGCAAGAUCCAGGCCUCCGAGGCCUCCGAGACCCCCAUGGCUGCCUCUGCGGUUUCGAGCACACCCGAAGACUACCUGAGCGGCCCGGAGGAAGACACGAACACCCCAGAGGACGCCUCCACCACCCCCGAAGAAGCCUCUAGCACUGCCCUAGUGCAAAAGCCUUCUGUCGCCCGGAGCAAUUUUCAGGGCACCAAGAAAAGUCUUCUGAUGUCCAUAUUAGCUCUCAUCUUCAUCAUGGGCAACAGUGCCAAGGAGGCCCUGGUCUGGAAAGUGCUGGGGAAGUUAGGAAUGCAACCUGGGAGGCAGCACAGCAUUUUCGGAGAUCCGAAGAAGGUUGUCACGGAAGAGUUUGUGCGCAGAGGGUACCUGCUUUAUAAGCCUGUGCCCCGCAGCAGUCCAGUAGAAUAUGAGUUUUUCUGGGGCCCUCGAGCACAUGUGGAAUCCAGCAAGCUUAAAGUCAUGCAUUUUGUGGCAAGAGUUCGUAACCGAUGCUCCAAAGACUGGCCAUGUAACUAUGAUUGGGACUCAGACGAUGAUGCAGAGGUUGAGGCUAUCCUCAAUUCAAGUGGUAGAGGUUAUUCCACCACCCCUUAGGGAAAUCCGAGGCAGACCCUUGGGAGUAGAAAGGAAAGUCCAAGGUACCACAAGGAGUAGAUAGUUUGGAUCCUGAGUUGAAAAUGUUCUGGAGGGUGGGGAGGGCACUGUAUUUGGUAUUUGUGAUCAGUGCUAAUUGUUUAAUUGCAAAAUAGUGCUUGCUUUGGAUAUUGUAAACUUGCAUUCAUUUUAUAAUACUAGUUAUUAGGGAUCACAAUAUGUUUAACUGAAGAUAUUUAACUUGUUUUUCCCAUCAUUGAGAUUUGGUAUAACAGUUUUGCUAAUCUUAGGAAAUGAAGUUCUUCCAUCAUGUUCAGUGAUGUACAGAGUUUAUAUCAGUGAAAGAGGCUGUUCUUUGAAAGGUUGAAGUAAACAGUAAAAUAUGAGAUGAGAAUAAGGAAAUUGUUCUUUCUGACCUUUUUGAAAACCUUUGACGUCUUGUAAACAUGUAUUUUCUCUGAUUAUGUUUACUUACUGCAGAACAUAGAGAAAAUAAAAGCAUAGUAACUAGCA